ACCAUCAAAAAAAUUUAAUACUUAAACAAGUGGCUUUAAAAUAAUUGUAUAUAGAUAGAGACUAAUGGGACCAAAAUUAAAUUCAAUAGUUUGCUAACUCUUUUGACUUAUAAUAUUUUUUAUUUUACUAUAUAGUUUGAUCAUAACAAUGAUAUGAAAAAAACAAUGAAAUAUUUUCAAAAAACUAUGAUAUGAUCCAUUGAUGGAGGACAAAAAAGCUUAUUCCAUUGCUGUUACAUUGGUGUUUCUGUUGAUCACAGUCCUCGUAAUCGCGCGUACGACGUUGAAGUUUUCCAAGACGUUUUUCUUAAUAUUCGGAGCUGAUAUCGCGUUGAUUGUUGGUGUUUUCGCAAGUGUGUUGGUCCGUUGGAAGUUCAAUAGUCGAAAGCAGUUGCUCGAGAAGCGAUCUGCAGAGUCAGAUGGACGCGAGCUGAGGAUAGAGUAUAGUUUCCUCAGGAAAGUAGCUGGUGUGCCAACGAGAUUCAAGCUGAAAGAGAUCGAAGAGGCAACAGAUAAUUUUGGGGCGUUGGUUGGCCGUGGAUCUUCCGCUAGCGUUUUCAAAGGCGUGCUGAGCGAUGGUGCAGCGGUGGCGGUGAAGAGGAUCGAGGGAGAGGAGCGCGGAGAUAAGGAGUUCAAAUCUGAAGUUGCUGCAAUUGCUAGUGUUCAGCAUGUUAAUCUUGUGAGGUUACUUGGUUACUGUAGUGUUGUUCCGUCAGGACCGAGAUUUUUGGUUUAUGAGUAUAUUUUUAAUGGAUCGCUCGAUAAGUGGAUUUUUCGGAGGAGGGGUAUACGAGGCUGUUUGUCGUUGGAUUUGAGGUGUAGAGUUGCGGUGGAUGUGGCGAAGGCGCUUUCUUAUCUCCAUCAUGAUUGCAGGUCUUGUAUUCUGCAUCUCGAUGUCAAGCCUGAGAAUAUACUUCUCGAUGAGAAUCAUCACGCGAUUCUAGCUGAUUUCGGGUUGUCAAAGUUGAUGGGGAAAGAUGAAAGUCGAGUGGUUACAACUAUCCGGGGUACUCGGGGUUACUUAGCCCCCGAGUGGCUCCUGGAGAACGGUAUAUCUGAGAAAAGCGACGUUUAUAGCUACGGAAUGGUGCUACUGGAAAUGAUUGGUGGGAGGAGAAACAUUACUUUGGCUGAAGAACAUGGCAAAUCAAAGAGCAAAUUCAGUUACUUUCCAAAGAUCGUGAGCGAAAAAUUGGCAGACGGGAAGAUCCUGGAUGUCGUGGAUGAUAGGCUCGCUCGCGAGGUAGCUACAGGAGGAGGACGAGUUAUAGAACAAGUGAAGAGGUUGGUGUGUGUGGCGCUGUCUUGCAUACAAGAGCGGCCUAGUCGUAGGCCAACCAUGGCACGAGUUGUGGAAAUGUUGGAAGCGCGUGCGCCAGUAGAACCGCCUACACAAUUGACAAUGAUGAUCCUCGACCUGUUAGACGAGGGUCUUGAUCAUCACCCGGGGCAGCAUAGAGCGGCCGCGGUUCUGGCAAGAACCGGUCAGAUGGAUACUAAUUCGCUUCGAUCUUUUACAAUGUCCAUCCUCUCAGGGAGGUAGUACAGUUCAUCCGUUUUUCGUUUGAUUCUCCAAUAUCAAUAGGUUGAUUUUUUCGCUUCUGUUUCUUCCCAAAGGAAAAAAAGAUUGUAAAAAGUUGUUUCGCGAAUUCGAAAUUUUAUUUACGUUUACAUAAAAUGCAAGACAUGUUCAAAAUUA